UCCAUCCCUUUCCACAAUAAUAAUAAAAAAAAAGAGCGGUUGACGUCCUGACACCGGCAUUCGGUGCGAAAAGUCGCCGUUUGACCCAACCCCGCGCUGACUUUGUAGGUCGUCUCCUCCUCCACGGCUCCACUAAUUUAGUUGGUACAGGUGCUGAACUACGGCGGACGUUAGCCAUGGAAGUCAUGACCCAUUCUUCGACCUUCCUGCUCCCUCAAAUUCCCGCCGAUCAGCGCCCCUCUUUGACUUACGCACUUAUCGUGCUUAACCAACGGAUCCCGAGAUUCACUCUUCUGCUUUGGAAGCACGCACAAGUACGUCUCUGUGCCGAUGGAGGCGCCAAUCGCGUGUACGAUGAAAUUCCACAGUUGCUGCCCGAUGAAGAUGCUGACGAAGUUCGAAAAAGGUACAUGCCAGAUGUAAUUAAAGGAGACAUGGAUUCAGUCCGAACAGAAGUACUGGAUUUUUAUGCUGGCCUGGGAACCAGGAUUGUCGAUGAAUCUCAUGAUCAGGAUACCACAGACUUACAUAAAUGUGUAGCAUUUAUUCGUGAUUGCACUCCAGACCUGGAGAAGGCCAACCUUUGCAUUCUUGUUGCUGGUGCGCUAGGUGGACGGUUUGACCAUGAGGCUGGCAACAUAAACAUUUUAUAUCGUUUUUCAACUUUACGAAUUAUCCUUAUAUCUGACGAUUGUCUCAUCCAACUUCUUCUGAGGACUCACCAUCAUGAGAUAUGUAUUCAAUCUUCUGUUGAGGGGCCACAUUGUGGGCUCAUUCCCAUUGGAAUUCCAUCUGGGAGCACUUCAACAACAGGGCUCCAGUGGGAUCUACAUAACACAGAGAUGAGCUUUGGUGGGUUGAUAAGUACAUCUAACAUAGUCAAGGGGGAGAAAGUGACCGUUCGUUCUGAUUCUGAUCUUCUCUGGACAAUAUCCAUUAAAAAGUCUUAACAGACUUUGAUCUUGUGCACAUGUACAAGAUUUGCAGGUUUCACAGCUUCCCCAAUAUUGAUGAUCACGUCCAAAAGAAGUGGAGUUAAUCGGCAUUGCAUUGGAGUUCAUGUCCAUAGAUCAUAGUCUGUUAUUUUUAGGCUUUUUACUAUUAUGGGAAGAAGGAAUGUCAUUGUUUUCGACAUUGACAUUUUUCUUUUGGGUUGUAACUUGUAAGAUCACAUUCUGUAAUGUGUAAAUCCUAUUCAAAGUGUUUUUUUGAUUUGGCACUCUUGGAACAA